AUGAAUAACACCGCUCUCUAUGCCAACGAAAAUGGGGAGCUCUGCGGUCGCCGAGAUUUGCCAAUCCCCCAACCUAUCGAAGGCGAAAUCCUAAUUCAAGUCCUCUUCACUGGUGUGAACCGUUCUGAUAUCACCUCGGUAAAGCUCCUAGGCUCUCGCAAUCGAGUCCUUGGUAAUGACUUCUGCGGACGCGUUCUCGAUGUUUCUGGUCUGGCAGACACUGCUUUUGAACCUGGGGAUAUAGUGGCUGGGUACACGAUCGCAAAUCAUGAUCGGCCUCUCCGAUACGGAUCUCACCAGUCGUACAUCUCUAUCCCACCGAAGAACAUUUUUAAGGUGCCAGAAAAUGUACCACCUGCUAAUGCUGCGGGCCUUAUGACUGUUGUUCAGACUGCCAAUGAUGCCCUUUUGAAUCUACACCUGCCUCUCCCAUCAAUGACCCAAGGGCCAACGGAUGGAGUCUUUGUGAUUGCAGGUGGCGCCACAACAGUCGGUAUCUCGACUAUUCAGCUUGCACGUAGCAUCGGCAUCAAAUCUAUCAUAGUCACGGCUUCGCCGGGUCGCCACGAGCUGCUUGAGAGCCUAGGUGCAACACGCUGUUUUGACUACAGGAAGGAUAGCGUUGUGCAGGACAUCAAGGCGGCUGUAGAGGAAACUGGUCUUGGACCGGUAUUUGGCCUCGACGCAGCCGCGACACCUGACGCUGCAAAAAUACUCUUGGACGCCUUAGCAGACCGGGAUGAUACUCAUUUAGCAUCGCUCUCCCCUUGGGCUGGAGACCGUUUCGAAUUUGUCCUCGGUGGCCGUGAUUACGAUGUCAUUUUCCAUCCUCCUGGUGCACCAGAGCCAUUUGUCAGUCUUGCUAGGCCGGCUGAUGCGGCGAAAAUGUGGGACAGUCUCAUGUGGGUACUUCAGCACUAUGGAAAAGAGUUUAAGUUGCCGGUUAUUGAGGUAUUUGAGGGACCUGCAGAGGAGGCUCUGGAAGAAUUAGAGAAAGUGGCGGAUCAGGGGAAGUUUGGAAAGCUUGUGUUGAAACAUCCUUUGAUCUAA